UAACCCUUUUUGUCUUCACUCUCAACACUUUCUCCUCAGUCCUCACUCACUCCAGCUCACUCUCCUAACUCUCCAGUCUCCACCAUCAAUGGCCAACACAAACCCCUUCUUCCUCCUCCUACUCCUCUCGCUCACCUCAACCUCAAGCUCAAUGACCACCCCAAACCCCGAGACACAAGCCUUACUCUCCUUCAAAUCCUCCUCCGACCCAACCAACUUUCUCUCCACCUGGACCCCAACCACCUCACCCUGCUCUUUCUACGGCGUCUCCUGCCUCCAAACCCACGUCUCCAAACUCGUUCUCGAAGACCUUAACCUCACAGGCCCCUUCCCUCCUUCCUUACUCUCUCUCUCUCAUCUCCGCGUCCUCUCUCUUAAACACAACCACUUCUCCGGCCCACUCCCUGACCUCUCCUCUCUCUCAUCCCUUAAACUCCUUUUCCUCUCCUUCAACAACUUCUCUGGUCACAUCCCUCCUUCUCUCUCCUCCCUUUUUCAACUCUACCGCAUUGACAUCUCCCAUAACUCCUUCUGCGGCCUCCUUCCCAGGGAACUUAACCGUUUGUCUCACCUCUUGACUCUUCGUCUAGAACACAAUGCCUUUUCUGGGGAGAUUCUCUUCUUCAAUAAUUUUCUUCCUAAUAUUCAAGACUUUAACGUUUCUGCUAACACUUUUAAUGGUCCUAUUCCUCAAUCUCUCUCAUCUUUUCCUGUUUCUUCUUUUCAAGGCAAUGCAGCCCUUUGCGGUCCUCCAUUGCUGACCUGCAAAAACGGCGCCGUUUCCAACGAUCCAGCGAAACCCAAGAGCGGGAACGACGCCGUUUCAUCUCCCGUAGUGUCUUCGUCGCCGGUUUCCACCAGAAUUUACCCUCCUACGACGGAGAAAAAGUCUAAUUAUCGAGGGAAAAUGAGUAUGUGGGGAAUCAUGGCCAUAAUUCUGGGAGACAUUUUGGUGUUGGUGACGAUAUCUUUGCUACUGUACUGUUACUUUUGGAGGAGUAACAAGAAGAGGAGUUUAGGGCUGAUUUCAGGAGGAGAGAAGAUAGUAUACUCGACGAGUCCGUACCCAAGUGGAAUGGGUGGGUUGGAGAGGGAACCGGGUCGGAUGGUGUUCUUUGAAGGAGGGAAGAAGUUUGAGUUGGAAGAUCUGUUGAGAGCUUCAGCGGAGAUGUUAGGGAAAGGGGUGUUUGGUACAGCGUAUAAGGCGGUGUUGGAUGAUGGAAAUGUAGUAGCCGUCAAGAGGUUGAAGGAGGCACAGCUGGCUGGAAGGAAAGAGUUUGAGCAACAAAUGGAGGUUUUAGGGAGGUUGAGACACCCUAAUUUGGUUUCUUUAAAGGCCUAUUAUUUUGCACCGGAUGAAAAGCUUUUGGUCUUUGAUUACUUGCCUAAUGGCAGCUUGUUCUGGCUCCUUCAUGGGAACAGAGGACCUGGACGAACCCCAUUAGACUGGACAACAAGAUUAAAAAUAGCUGCAGGUGCGGCUAGAGGAUUAGCAUUCAUCCAUAGCUCAUGCAGGGCCCUGAAGCUCAUCCAUGGCAACAUCAAAUCGACAAAUAUCCUCAUUGAUAAAGCUGGUGAUGCUUGUGUUUCUGACUUUGGUCUCUCCAGCUUUGCUCCAACGUCAACCGUCAAUCCGAGAUCCAAUGGUUACCGUGCUCCUGAAUCACUAGAUGGUCGCAGGCUGAACCAAAAGGCCGACGUCUACUCUUUUGGAGUCUUAUUGCUUGAGCUCCUAACAGGAAAAUAUCCAUCAAUAGUGGAGGGAAGUGGGCCUUAUGGCACGGUAGGAGUUGGUGGGGUGGUGGAUCUUCCUAGGUGGGUUCAGUCAGUAGUAAGAGAGGAAUGGACAGCGGAAGUUUUCGAUCUGGAGUUGAUGAGGUAUAAGGACAUCGAGGAGGAGAUGGUGGGUUUGUUGCAGAUUGCCAUGGCUUGUACCUCCGCCUCUGCUGACCAACGGCCUAGAAUGGGGCAAGUGGUCAAAAUGAUCGAGGAGAUACGUGGUAUUGAAGUAUCACCAUCACACGAUAACUUCGACUCUGACUCGCCUUCUAUCUCAGAGGAUACAGGUGGUGUUAGUCAAUGAUCAUGCGAAGCAAGUUGAACGUUGUGACUUGUGAAUUGACAACAAAACCAUGAUGACUCUUGGGUGGUGUAAAUCAGGUUUAACGAUUUAUAUGACUGUAUCUUCCAUUUGAUUCUAGCUUAGUGUAGAGAUGAUUUUAUUGAUAUUUGUAGAUUGUGUUGCUAAAACAAAGAACAUGUAAAUUUGCUCUGGGAAAUCGGAAACUUCUAACAAA